ACAACCAGGAAGCCGAACCUCCAGAAUGGACGCCUUUCCCAAGUGUUCUGUCUGUCAGCAGCAGUUUACCCUGAAAGGCCCCGCCCCCUACCUACUGCCCUGUUUACACGCUGUGUGUGAGACGUGUGUGACAUCAGCAGCUGGUGGUGUGAUAUCAUGCUCUACUUGUCAGAGGGAGGUCAACCUCACAGACAUAAGCCUCCAGAAGGAUGCAGUGAGACAGAAGGAAAUAUUCCACCUGACAGUAAAACAUCGCCCCACAGAGCUCCUCUGUACCAAUGAAGAUGACGGCAACCAGGCUGUGUGCUGGUGUCCAGAGUGUGAAGAGUUCCUCUGUGAAUACUGCCAGAACAUGCACAGCCGUGUUAAAGCUUCCAGAGGACAUGUUGUUGAAACCUUUACGGAUAUAACACCGGGAAGUAUGUAUGCUGAAUCAGUUUGUAAACUGCACAAUCCUUAUCCCCUUGAAUAUUUUGACAAAAACUGCAGCAUUUUGAUCUGUUACAAAUGCAGACUUGGCGACCAUGCUGAGCACGAUGUUGGAGAUGCAGAUGUGGCUGCUGAUGCUGCUAAAGAACGGAUAGAACAACAUGGGAAGAACGUGACUGCACAUCAUACUUCUCAUCAAGCAUAUUUGAACAGCAUCAGCAAAGCCGUGAAUGACACCAAGAAGACAAGCAGUGAUCUGAAGGAGGCAAUCCAUCUCACUUUCCAUUCUCUGAGGACACAACUCGAUCAAAGAGAGAAGGAGCUAAUCAUCAAUCUUGACAAUCAGACGAAGCAGGAACUGUCAAAUCUACACACCGAGCAAGUUACCUCUGAAGGCGAGAGUGAACGAUGCAAGUGGACCUCAGACUACAUCAAGACAGUGCUAAGAUAUGCUUCAAACUCGGACUUUCUGACACUGGAGAGUUCAAUACAAGAAACAACGAAGACACACCUCACAUCACUACCUCCAGACACGCAUAGGACAUCUGCAGCCGUUUUCAACACGAGAGGACUGGACAAGUUGAAAUCCGAAAUUUCCAAAUUCGGGUGUGUCACUGCAUAUGGCUCAGAACAAACAGACAAAGGUACACAGAUAGAUGAUAGUCAUCUAACUGAUGCUGAGAGCCCAAACGAGCAUCUGGAGUUCCUGGAGGUUUCUAAUGAUUCAACACCACUACAUCGGUUUGCCAGGAUAUAUGUUGCAGAAGCUGGGCGUGAAACCAACAGGCGUGAAACAGGGACGAUGACGCCGGUGGCUCUGCAGUGUCCUAAACUACAAAUGGACGCUGCUCGAGCCAACACAGACAUGUGCCACGUAACUACAGGCGGUGAGCUGGUGAACUCGCCACCCGCCACACAACACAGACACAGCCGCAGGUUACGGGGAUAUCGGGGUACAUGUGCCUUCACCCCCAUCCCCCUUCCUCCAUCCCCCUCUACUGUCACCCCUGUCCCACACACACCACGAUACUGGGAGACACACUCUAGGGUGGGUGUGGUGUAUGGAGGGUUGUGGCGGUAUCUUGUCCUGGAGAUGGGUGUGAUAGAGGAGAGCCAGGUAGACAGUGAGGAGUUUGUUUGUGACCAGCGCCGCUCCUGGUGUGUCGGUGUAGGGAGAUGUAACACACACCAGGGGAGUCUCUGUACCAGGGUGUGGCAGCAGGGGAAGGAGGGGAAGUGUUACAGUAACACAAUGUCUGCCACACCCGGCACACAGGCCACCCUCCACUAUGGCGUUGUGCUGGAUGUGGGGAGGGGGAGACUCGCCUUCAUAGACCUCGACAGAGAGGUUGUUUUAGCCAAGGUGGAUGGUGAGUGGAGCGAGUCUCUUCUUCCCAUAUUUAGUGUUGGGCGGUCAGAUCGCUACACAGUCAACAUGAAGGUGAUAAGUGGGGCAGAUAUCACCAUGACUGACACCAAGAAGUCACUUAUUUAUGACGCCUUGAAUUAGACAAUAAAAUACACAUGACAUUGUGUAAACUUGUAAGUGUGAUUUAUUUAUUUAAACUGUCAAAUGUAAUUGUAGUGAUUGAGGCGGACGUAUAAGUUGUCUGUCUAUGUGCUGUUUGUUGUGUACAAGAAUGUAACGAGGU